UAUCGAUGGAGAACUUGAUGUGUACUUCCGGCAAAAAACAUCUGCAAACUAUUAGCUAUAAAAAGAUGUAUUGAUACCCAGAUACAGUCACUCAUCCAUCAUGCAGUUAGGCUUGACAGAGUUUGUCUCUUAUUUAGCCACAGUAUGUACCAUAGGUGUCUUCUCAACAGGCAUCCCAACAGUAUUAAAGAUCACAAGAAAGGGUAAUACAAAUGAUGUAUCUUUCUUUCCUCUCCUGGCAAUAUUUUGCAGUUGUACAGUAUGGUGCAAAUAUGGUCUCCUAAAAGAGGACUUUACUAUAAUAUCAGUGAAUUUAAUUGGCAUAGUUGCUCAGGCUAUUUACAUAUUCAUAUACUACAUUUAUACACAUAACCGGUCAGCCCUUCAUAGACAGCUGCUAAUAGGCGCAGGGUUGGUGUUCCCAAUCUUGUUUUACAUCAAGUUUCAUGUGGAAGAUAAAGACACAGCAUUACUGCACUUAGGCAUCUUCUGUUGUACUCUUAACGUAAUCUCAUAUGGUUCUCCCUUAGUUGCUGUGGCGGAAGUAUUAAAGACAAGAAGUACAGAAACCAUGUCAUUUCCUCUGGUUGCGUCUAACUUUGUUGUUUCAAUAGAGUGGUUAUUCUAUGGAUAUCUCAUCUCAGACCCUUUUAUAAAAACUCCUAAUGUCCUGGGUGUGAUCCUGGGGACCUUCCAACUAGGACUGUUCUUUAAAUUUCCACGAAAAAAGUCUAGCCCAACUUCGAGCAUCUAAGUCAAAGAUUAUUGCGGAGUAACUUUAGUGAAUUCACUGAGUGCCUCUUUUAACUUGGUCUUUUCAGCAAUAUUUCCAGUCUUAAUUCUGAACUAAAAAUUACUUAAAGGAUUAUCUUAGAAUUUGAGGGAUAUGGUACUUAUUCAUGAGUGGUUAAUUUAAUACAUAUAGACUUAUAUACAUUAGGGGAUUAAAAUGUACCACUAGAAAAUCUGAUGUUAAUUAUUGGAUGUUCAUUUUGAUACAAGGUCUUCAAUAUUCUAAUGAUAAAUAUUUUCAAAUGCUUGAAAAGUUUAGUAUAUGUGGAUCAUGAAGAAAUAUUUGUUUAAUCCAACUUAUCACCCAUUAUCAUGGAUUGAAUUUUACUAUUAUAUCACUGUCAAACUGUAAAUUGGUCAUAUUUUGGUCACAUGACAUAUAAGACCGUGUAAUGUUCAGUGGCCAUGAUUACCAAAUUAGAAAACUGGUGAAAUAGAUGACCUUCCUGGAAUUGAUAAGAAAUUAAUUGUGGGUCAAAUUAUAAUCACAACAGGGGUAACAGUGGCAUAGUGUGGAUAUUUUGUGAUUGUACGCAAUGAUUGAGAGAAGCAAACAUGUUUUGAAGGGGGUUUGGGGGGG